CUUUUAUUUAUUGUAGAUGUUAGUAGAAGAUAGAUUGAAACUCGAAGACUGCGAAGAAAAUGGGUAAACACAAAGAAGAAGCUUAGUACUCAUCAUUAAGUGCUUUUUCUUUAGUUGUUCGAAUAAUCGAUUUUUGAAAAUUUGAGUUUUGUGCUUGUUAUAUAUAAAAUUGACUUGAGUCAACAAACAGAAACCAAACACAUCACUAAAUGGGUUCAGGAAGCAGAAGCUACUCAGCGAAUCCUCAAGAUUACAAGCUUCUAGAAGAAGUUGGUUACGGUGCAAGCGCAACGGUUUAUCAUGCAGUUUAUCUUCCAUACAACGAAGAAGUAGCGGUGAAAUCUCUCGAUCUAGAUCGAUGCAAUUCAAAUUUCGAUGAUAUUCGUAAAGAAGCACAGAUCAUGAGCUUAAUCGAUCAUCGAAACGUUGUCAAAUCGUAUUGUUCGUUCGUUGUGGAUCGUAAACUUUGGGUGAUUAUGCCUUUUAUGGCGCAAGGUUCAUGUUUGCAUUUGAUGAAAUCAGCUUAUCCUGAUGGAUUUGAAGAAGAUGCUAUUGGAUCCAUUUUGAAAGAGACGUUGAAAGCUUUGGAUUAUCUUCAUCAACAUGGACACAUUCAUCGUGAUGUUAAAGCUGGUAAUAUUUUGCUUGAUUCUAAUGGUGAAGUCAAACUUUCGGAUUUUGGUGUUUCUGCUUCUAUGUUUGAUACUGGUGAUCGUCAGCGUUCUAGAAAUACUUUCGUCGGUACUCCUUGCUGGAUGGCGCCGGAGGUGUUGCAACCUGGUACUGGUUAUAAUUUCAAGGCUGAUAUUUGGUCUUUCGGAAUUACGGCGCUUGAGUUGGCUCAUGGUCAUGCGCCUUUUUCGAAGUAUCCUCCAAUGAAGGUUUUACUCAUGACCAUACAGAAUGCACCUCCUGGCCUUGAUUACGAUCGUGAUAGAAAGUUCUCGAAGUCUUUUAAGGAAAUGGUUGCUAUGUGCCUGGUAAAAGAUCAAACGAAGAGGCCGUCUGUGGACAAGUUACUGAAACACUCAUUCUUCAAACAAGCUAAGCCUCCGGAGCUUUCUGUGAAGAAAUUAUUUGCUGAUUUACCGCCUCUUUGGACUCGUGUAAAAGCCCUCCAGCUUAAAGAUGCAGCUCAACUAGCACUGAAGAGAAUGCCUUCUGCAGAACAAGAAGCAAUAUCUCAGAGUGAAUAUAAGCGAGGAGUUAGUGCAUGGAAUUUCGACGUUGAUGAUUUGAAAGCUCAAGCUUCAUUGGUACAAGAGGAGGAUGAUGAUAUUGCAGAGAUAAAGGAAGAAGAUGAAAACAAGUUCUUCAACUCUAAUAAGGAUACAAGUGAUUCCCAGUUUGGUGUGGACAAGAGGAAUUCAGAUAACUCACAGGAAAAUGAGUUCGCAUUACAAGUUGGUGGUAGUAAUGUGCCCGCGUUACAUGUUGGUGGUAAUGACAUACUUCAGAGUGAUAAAAGAAAUGGAUCAAUUGCUGAGGCAACAACAUCUACUUCAGAGAAGGACAUGGGAACAGGAAAGAUUAAAACUCAGGCAGUGAAAGUUGGCAAAACCCAAAGUGGGCCACUGGUGCCUGGAACAGUGCUUGGUCAUUAUUUACCCGAAAAAGGGCGUCUAUUUGAAAGGUUUGAGAAUGAAAAUCAGUUACCUGGUGAGAAAAUUAAUCGUGAUAUGCGACGAGCUCCAAGCUUUAGUGGUCCAUUGAUGCUUCCUAAUCGAGCUUCGGCAAAUAGUUUAUCAGCCCCAAUAAAAUCCUCUGGAGGAUUCAGAGAUUCCCCAGAUGAUAAAUCAAAGGCUAAUCUAGUGCAAAUUAAAGGGCGGUUCUCAGUGACAUCAGAAAAUUUAGAUCUAGUGAAGGAUAUUCCUGCAAGUUCAGUUUCACGUCGAUCUUCACAGGAUUCUUCACCACUGAGGAAAUCUGCCAGUGUUGGUGAUUGGAUGUUGGAUUUCAAACAACAAAUGCCAACUGGACAGUCUUCCAAUGAUUCUGCCAAUUUGAAUGUUCCCGCAUCAGUUAUCGUGCCUCACCUUCACAAUCUUUACCAGCAGAUGUCUAUUCAACAGGAUCUUAUAAUGAGUCUGUUGAGUAGCUUGCAAACUGCUGAGCCAAAUGAUGCUUCUCAGAAUGGAAAAUUGCCACCAAUGCCUCGCAGUUCAGAGAAUAAUGGCAGUGUUGAUACAGCAACUUCAGAAAGAGAACAACUUCUACUGGCCAAAAUUUCAGAACUUCAGUCUCGGAUGGUCAGUUUGACAGAUGAACUUACUUCUGAGAAGUUAAAACACAUGCAUUUGCAACAACAGGUAGCAGCUUUCUACAGUCAGCAACAAAACGGGGAAAGAGAGGAAGGUGCAUGAAUGCGGAUAAUAACUAUAGUGUUUAGUGAAGUAAGCGUACACCCAGCUAAUGAUGAUAAAUUAUAAGUUUCACUCCAUUCUCUCCCCCCCUCCUCUCUCUCUCUCCCUAUCUCUCUGCCAAAGAGGUUCUGCUUUUUGCAUGUUGAUGGUCGAUAAGAGUCAUGUAUCUUCUCCCGUUCAGCUUGCCUUGUUUUCGACAAACCUUUGUAACGAUCUGAAAGCCAGGCAAGUGAAAAUGAGCAAAAUGAUCUCAUUAUUUAUUUCAUUCAAGAUUCAGAUGUACAUAAACUUUUCUGUUGUAUCAUACUGCAAUCUGCUAUGCUUGCAGAUUAAUUAGGAGUUUAAGUUAUGGGGACAAAACCCCGUUGGGAUAGUAAUAUCCCUACAUAUUAUGUUGUUUAUAAUCAUAAAUUAUUAUUCCUAUAUCGGAUUUGAGCAUGUAUAGGUUUAUUGUAUUCUACCUGCUGAAUAAGAAUAGAAUUUUGUACCAAA